GGUUAGAGGGGAAACGGGAGGAAGCGGCGUCCUUGCACAAAUAAGCAGCCGGGUGACCGCGGGGGGCCCUGGACUGAGUGGGGGCAGGAGGGGCUUCCGAAGGCGGCGGCGCUGCUGCGUUCUACGGGAGGGGGGAUCCCGCCACCGCCCCCUCCCAGCCUGGCCUUCCGCCUGUCCGGAGCCUCCGUUGGAAACUUCCGCUCAGGGCACGGAGGAACCUCCGCGGAAGGCAGCCGCGCUCAGGCCGGGCCCCCGGGGCCCCCCGCCCGCCCGCCCGCCCGCCCCAGAUCCGGGGGACGCCUCCGCCUCCCGGCUCCCCCGGGCACGUGACUGCCGCCCGCCCCGCCCCUGGAGCCGAACCGCCCGGCAACGGCGCUCCGGGCGAAGGAGCGGCUCCCGCCGUCCCGCGGCUUCCAGCGCCCCUCUCCCUCCGGAGCGCCCCGCGGAAGGGAGCGCCGGGCUAUGGAGCAUCGCGGGCGGCGGGACCCCGAGCCUGGGUCGGGUCUGUGGGCAGAGAUCGCCAGGCCUUUCCCUGAAGCAGAGGAGCCUUUACCUGCCCUGCUGCGCCCCGGCCAGCAUCACCUGCUCCUGGCUCAGCCUGGCACCGCAGCUCAGGAGGAGGAGGAGGAGGAGGAGGAGGUGCCUGGCGGCCUGGCCCACCUGGCCCAAGCGGACAACACCUACCUGGGGAUGAGCUGCUGCCUGCGCACAACAGGCCUCCAAGCGGCCCCAGAGCCGGCCAGGGGCGCUUUCUCCUACUGGGCCAGGGGAAGCAGUGCGGCCCGUCAGCGCAAGACAGUCUACGCCCUGCUGCAGCACCAGCAUUGCUUGCGCCUGGCUCGCCACUACUGCCGGCGCCUUAAAGCGGCUUCUGACUUUGUGCGCCGCUUGAUGGAAGCCGAGUGGUGCCUUGUGACACCGGCCGGCAGGCAGAGCACUGACGGGGGACGACUGCUGCGGGGACUCUGCCAGGAGCUGCGGGUACACACCUCUCACUGGGGCUGCCUGCAGUGCCACCUGCGCAGGGACCCCCGGCUGAGGCCCCUGCUGCUUCAGCAGCCUGAGGUGCUGCAGCGCAUGAAGCGGUCCCUCCAGCUGCUGGCCCUGCAGGCCCUCUGCCUGCUGGAGAGAUGCUUGGAUGCCCUGCUGCGGCACGCAGCCCCUGGGCCCUCCCCUCUGCUCUCGGAGGCCUUCCGGGGCCUGGAGAGCUACAACCAGGGGCUGAGCGAGUGGGGCCUGCAAAGAGCCAAGCCGGGGCCUGGGGCUCCAGGGCAAGAGGGGCUGCAGGCCUUCUCUGUGGAGAGGGUGCUGGCUGUCUUGGCCGCUGAAAGAGGAUGCCUGGCCGGCGAGAGACUGUCUCUGCUGCUCCCUUGGCAGCAGGCAGGGACCAGCGAUCGGAGGCCCACAGCUGCUGUCGCUUCUGGGGUGGACAAGGGCCACCCUGCACACCUUCAGGCCUUGUGCAGAGAGGAGGAGGAGGCGGUCACAGGGCUGCUGCCAGAAUUGCUUGCGUCCACUGGCGGCCUGAGACACCGCCUCCUGCACCGGCCCAAGUGGGACCAGCCCCAGGGUCACCCGGAGGCAGCUCAGGGCCUGGCCCAUUCCGCACUGCCCAGGGGGAAGUCUCCUGAUUGGCUGGAUGCCUCUUUCACUGAAGCGGCCACGAUGCUCUGUGCUGAAUACCGGCCCCUCUUCUGGAAAGCGGCGUCGGCCUCCUGGGUGCGCCAGCUGGAGCUCCAAGCACACCGGGCUCAGUUCCAGAGGGGAGCCGGGGCUGCCUUGGGCCAACGGGUGACCGACGCUCUGGCGGAGGCUUGCCUGCCUGCGGAGGCUGCAGAGGCACUGAAGGAGGGGGCACUUUGCCUGCUCAAGCGUGAUGCCCUGUGGCAAUGGGACCCAGGAUUCUGCCACGCUCUGGGCGCCAGCCUUGUGGACAGGUGCUUGCCCAAGCCCACGACUGUGGCCUGCAGCCAGACAGGGCAGGUUUUGCAGAGCCUCUUCCUGCUCCUGGCCUUCAGCAUGAGAUGCCUGGAGAGCCAGCCUUUCCCUGGUGGCCCAGGGCAGCGCCAGGUCCCUGCCAGCCUCCACCUGCACCUGCUUUCCCUUGCGGUGGCUACCUGCCGUGCCUCUUCCUACUGGACCAUGAGCAAAGCCUACCAGUACUUGGCCUCCUGGUCCCUUGGCCAGUUCCUCCUCGUGGCCCAAGGGGAUCUGCAGUUGCUGAAAACGGAAGCCAGGAAGAUGUUGGUGCUGGUGAGCAGGGCCGCCUUGGAGGACGGGGGGAAGCAGGGCCCCGUGGCCUCUCAUCGGGAGCGGGAGCUGAGCCUGCAACUCCACUUGGCAGCCACCAGCAUCCAACUUUUUGCAAAUGACGUGCUGGAGUUGUUCUGUGCGGACUGCAGACGCGUGUCAGCAGAGGUCUUCAGACAGGCCAUGCCGCUUGGCAAAUACUGGCGCCUCGCCCUCCAGGCAGAGCCGCCCUCCGCUGCCAGCGAGUAUGCCCAGGCUGCAGCUCAAGCUAUCCUAGCUCCAGCCUUGCAAGGCGUCCGGUGGCUGCCCCAGGAUUCCCAGGCUCUGGUCCUCAGCCGGGUCACAACGGCCGCCUUGGAAGCCUGGAUGGAGCACAUUCUGGCCCAGAAGAUCAAGUUCAGCCUUCAGGGAGCUCUGCAGCUGAAGCGGGACUUUGAUCUGGUGCGCGAAACCCUGCAGUCGGAGAAGUACGAGCUGCCCGCAGAGGUGAAGAAGCUGGUUCUCUCCCUUCGGGUCUUCCAACAGACGGACAACGCCAUCGCCUGCCUCCUCCAGCAGCCCCACAGGGGCGCCUUGUCCUCACUCAGCUGGGAGGCCCUGCAGAAGUGCUGCGCAGGUGAUGGGAUGCGGUCCUGGCACGGCAGCCCAGGCAGCCUCAGCAACCUGGAACAGCUGGAAGUGAGAGCCGGGCCAGAGAGCUGGGCAGCUGACGUGCUGAGCCCCAUUGCCCCAGGGGGUGGCACAAGCUCCGAGACCUACCUGAGCCUGGCCCAGCAGGAGUGGCUGGCACUGCGGCUGCGUGGGGCUCGCCCCUGGAAGAUGCCCGCCCUCUCCUGCAUGAACUCCCCUUCGGAGGCCUGAGCAGCAGCAGCAGCCGCCCUGGAUCCAGCUGGGCCUCCAGCACCUGCCCUGCGCCUGCCCUCCCUCCUCUGGGGGGCACCUGAGUUGCUGGGCCUCCCUGGAAGUGGGGGUGGAGGGGUGGGAAGGAGCCCCACGUAGGAGGCCUUCCUUGCUCUGAGCAAGAUCCUGCAAUGGGCAACCCCCGACUUUGGUACAGGAGCAAAUUCACAAGAAGCCGCCUCUCUCUUGCUCUGAGCCGGGGCCAUUCCUGGUCCCGGCUGGGCAUUCUGCAGGACGAGGGAGGCUUGUCUGGGCUGCAGCACAGGGUAGGGACCACUGGUCUGGCUCCUGGGCUGCUUGGAAGGGCAGGGAGCCAGGGGAGGGGCUGUUCCCGCAGGGCGACCCCCCCCCCCUUCUGGUUCUGUUACCCGCUCCCCUUUAGGGGGCAUCUGGGCCUGGGAUGCUAGCGAGUGCAGUUGGGGCACUUCUUGGGGUCUUUGGGAGGGGGAGGAGGGCCCUGCACAGGUGAUGCAAACUCCACCUGCCCAACCUGCCUUACAGGAGGCGCAGAGAUGCUGCGGCCUUGAUCCUCUCUUCGGCUUCCUCUCCUCAGGCAGGGACCUGAAGGAGCGCCAUUUGUCCCCAGCCCUCAAAAUCCUUUUCCUCUUUGAGCCACCUGCCCCUGACCAUCCAGCCUCUUGGCCUUCCUCUCGGACACCGAAAAGCCCUGGGUGGUUCCUGGUCCGUUUGAAACUUUUGGCCGCCAUUUGUCCUGCCCUGUUGGCUGGGCAGCCGGAGGAGCAGAAGGGUGGCAGCUCAGGCAGGAGUCCCGAAGCUCUGAGGGACUCAGGGAAGCCCCUUCCCGGCUUCAGAGGCUGCCUGUCAGUCAUCCCCCUUGGAGAUCUUGGCCAGGCAGAAGCGGAUCACUGAUUUCCUACGUUCCUCUUGUGUGAAAGACGAAAGGCUAAAGAAAUAAAGGCUAUGAGAUACUUCA